GCUGAGUGUUUUUCCAAUUCAGUAGAAUUUCUCGAAUCCGAUUCUUUGACCUGGUUUCCAGCAAAAGUAAUGGGAACACCUGCGACAUGGAGAGAUUUUCAUACUGCUACUGCUGUAGGGACUGAUAUGUAUAUAUUUGGUGGCAGAGGUGAUAACCUUGGUCAAUUCCACUCUGGCCAUGAGGUUUACACCAAUGCCGUAUCUAUUUUUGAUACAGUGAAAAACUCUUGGCAUAUUACUUCAACUACUGGAGAAAUUCCUCUUGGGCGACGUAGUCAUUCAACAGUGUUAUAUGGCAAGUACAUCUACAUGUUUGGUGGUUAUAAUGGGCUGGUUCGACAACACUACAAUGAGAUGUACAGAUUAGACACCACUUCUCAUGUAUGGAGCAAAGUAGCAACACACGGCAAGGGACCAUGUCCCAGACGGAGACACUGUUGCUGUUUGAUUGGAUCAAGUGCUGUUAUCUUUGGAGGAACAAGUCCUAUACAAGAUGCAACCUCCGACGACGAGCAAAGUCUUCAAGAUCAUUCCGACCUCUACAUCCUGGACUUCAGUCCUUCCUUGAGAACCAUGUGUAAAUUAGCCAUUGUUAAAUACAAACUUGACGUUAGUUGUCUACCAAAAGUGUUGAGAACCGAACUUUCUAUCUUAGAACCAAGCUACACGCCAGAAAGAUCAACACACGGCUAGCCGGAGUUAGAACCAAACAACUUUACAUUUGAAUCAAAAUAUCCGGAUAAUCCAGGCAGGUCCUGCUUCAAGGUCAAGGUUUGAAGACUGACGAAUGAAUAAGAAAAAUCUUCAAAGGUUUUCGCAAUAACUUUUUAAAAAAUCGACGAAGGCAUUGACAAGGUCCAGCGGUGUCUUCAAAACUGCUUUGCGAACUCGCAAAAAUUCUCGUUAAGUUUUAAUGUCCAAGCCAUUUUUAUUUUUCAAAUUUUGCAAAUGUUUUUGUCUUCUGAGAAGAUUUCAUCUAAUGAUGAGUUUGAUUUUAGAAGUACUCUUGUAUUUGAUUUGAUCUUGCAUCGCGCUAAUAGUAGUAAUUUUUGACGCAUUUAUCUGAAAUAGAAAAUUAAGAAUUUUUAAGACAUUUUCUGCGCAUUUCAGUUCUUUAAAAAAUAGUCAUAAAAAGUUUUUAUUUCAAGUAUACCAUUAUGCCAGACUGGUUUUUCUUCGCGCUUUUUGAAAUUCUGUUGUACAAAUAUUUUUAUUUAUGCGCGCGCAUCGAAGAGAACGAGCGACAAGAAGCGCACCUUUUCUGCUGUAGUUUGACCUUAGUUCCUACUUCAAUUUUUAAUCUCGUAAUACGCUUUCCUUGUGCAAUAUUCAGUUUUCACAAGACAGUUGUUUUUAAAUAACGGCUUCAUUCAUGUAUAUUGGAAAAACCUUUAGAUUUUAUCAGAAAUGAAGACUGGGAAAGGAAAGGGUAAAUAGUAUACUACUAAGUAGCGAAGAGAGAACAGUUUUCAACUGCCUUACAACAUGUACAUUGUACGACACACCGUAAUAUCAAAAUGGCAUUUCAUUCUUUUCUAGUAAUCCCUUUAAUCGUAACACGUAUAAAUAUGGCUACUGUAAGAUAAACGACUACAGGACGACUAUGAAUUUGGCGUAUCGUUUCCCACUCAAACGAACAUCGCUUGUACGAUUCUAACAAACUUGAAUUCAUUGGCCAGAUUUGUUAAAAUCUGUACAUUCGGUAACGUAAUUUUUUGUAUAAUUAUACACCAGCUUGGUUGGUGCCUUAUUAUUUGGGUUCCUGAGAUGGAAGGCUAAAACUAAUAAGCUCUUUUAAUAGCAUGUUUGAAAAAAGCAUGAAACUUGUGCUUUUUAAAUUUCCUCGUUAAUAUUUUUAGUCAUGACCCAAGAGAUAAGGCAAAGUAUUCUUCUUGACGUCAUCAUGCUGGGCUUAGUGAUUGAUUUAGUGGCAAAAUUGUGUGACUCGACAAACUGGCCAUGAAAUACGAAUAGCCUUUUUCAGUUCGGUUGUAAUGUUUUUUACUCUUUCAAACCACUUGUUAUCCCCUAGAGAAGGGAAUAGCAUAUGAUCUGAGGGUAAAACAUUACACAUAUGUGGGAGUGGGGGAUGGGGGAAUGGGAGACCUGAAUAUUUUUGCCUUUCGCUUCAAAAGGAAUUCUGAAUUUUAGAAGCUACCGAAGAGAUUUUGUCUCUUUGAUAUAAAUUGGGAGAGGAUAAAGCUGAAAAUGUCUAUUCUUGAGUAGGGCAAAGCUGAAAGAUAUCAGUAAAAUUUAAAAUUGACAUAAAUCUAAUUUUUUUGUAGCACAAUUUUAAUUGAUCGAAAAGAGAUUUCGUAGAAGUACAAAGCAUGCGCAGUAACACGGCUCUUGUGUGCACUCAAGCUUCGUGAUUGGAUAGUUUUUUUCUUUUGAUUUUAUAAUUUGUUUAAACGAAUAGCCAUCUAAGAGCCCUUUACCAAAUGACUUACGCAUCCCGGCCUUGUGGAUAGUGUAUUUUUGUCGUUUAUAGAUUGGUGCUGAAAGGGAAGCCAUUCGAGAGUCGUGUUACUGCGAGGGCAUGCCGCAAGGACGAAAUCAGACUAGUAAUUCUUAUAUAAACAAUAUCUCCGCUAUAUGUAACUUAUCUGUAAAAUAUGAGUGUUUGAAAAACAAUAUAUUAAUAAUAUAAUGUACAUUUGUAUAGAUUGAAAUAAUUUUUAACAUUUUAGUACAGUUUGGUCAAUAAUGGGGCUUCACAUUGGGAAAUUGAAUGGGAAAUAAUCGAGGAAUAUUUUCAUAUUUUAAAACAAAAUCUUAACCAAAUGUAUCAUCUGAUAAUUCUUAUCUCAAAAAAGUGGGAUUUAUCGUAAAAAAGCUACGAAAAGUGGGGUUUAUUGUAAAAAAAAACUAUGAUGUCAAUAAAGAAUUCAUAAAAAAGAAA